AUGGAUGAGUACGAGGAUGACACAUUCAAUGAGCUGGACAACUCGAUCCUGCAGGAACUCGAAAACAAUGCCAUCCAGGCGACACAGGCGAAGCUCGCCCAGACCCAAGGACUAGCCCAGUCGCAGUUCCAGUUCUGCCCUCCGCAGGCUCAAUUCAGGCCUAUCCAACCGAUCCAACCCCCCCGACGGCCGCAAAAUCAACUGCAGCAACAACACAAUGUGUCCGACUAUGGUCUUGACGAUGACGACUUUGACGAUACCAUUGUCAUCGACGAAUCAGCGCGGUUACCCCCACGGACAGCGAUUGAGAAGACCAUUUCACAAAACCAGCCCCGCCUCGCUGCUGUCGCUGGAGGGACACAACGAUGGAACCAACAUCUCCCACAGCCGAGGCCGACUUAUCCCCCGAGACCCCAAUUUCGUCGCUUCCCACAGCAGAGCCCUCAAACAUUUUCCUCACCGCGAUACCCUCCUGGCUCUUCCCGACCGCAGCCUCACCAUCCCCUUCAGCCAUCCCAGUUCUCCCGUCCAGCGCCCUUCGUCCCUCGUCCAAGCCCUCCUGUCCGUCCUCCACAGGUAGCUUACCCCUUCCAGCCAUCUCAACCUCCCCACGCCGGCAACCAAAAUGAUCUCAUUGCCGAGCUCACAGCGAAGCUCAACGCCCUCGAGCAAGAGCUGAUCACCGCCCGAGGCGAGGCAUCCAUUCUACGAUCCAAGUACGACAAAGCCCAAGCCGCGCACGAUGCAGAGCUCGCCGCGCUCAAAAAGAAAACGGCUGAGCAAUUGGCUAAACAAGAGCGUCUGAUCGAGGAGGCACGCGCGGCCGAGAAAAUGGCCACCACCGAGCUGCAGUUUGCGCGUCAGGAUCUUAGAGAGGAACUGACCCGGACAAAGGCAAGGAGGAAGGAUAAGGAUGGAGGAGCAGGACCAUCAACGCCGAGGAAGAAUCGAGCCUGGGGUGUGCCGGAUGGAUUUGAUGAUGUGGAGAUACUGGGGACGAGCCCAAAUAAAGGGCAGGCUAGGAGGAGAGAAGCUGCAGGGGAUCGGACACCAACCAAAAAGAGGAAGCGGCCGGUUGUUGAUAGCCCGACAUUUGUGCUAGAGACGGAGGGGGGAGAUGUACAGGUCGUCAAGGCGCCUAAGCCGGCUCCAGUUAUGUUAAGUUCUAGGCCCGGGUUGUCGUUUGAUUUCCUCCGGGUUAUCAUAGACCACGGUACGGUCCGAGAGCAACCACCUACUUUCGACCUGCUGUCGCGGUUCUCUUUCCCGUCCGACCCGACUCAGUCCUUCUCAUCCAUCAUCUUCCAAAAACUGCCAAAAAUUGGCGAUUCGCAUGAUCCAUUGCGGCUAUUGGCCGACUUUGUCGAGCUGAUUAUUGACCUGUGGCAACGCUGCCUGUCGGAGCGAUAUCAUACUCCGAUCUACUACUUGGCUUCACUCGCUCUCUACACCCUAUUACUGAACACAGAGAGCGUCGCGCCGCAUAUUAUUUCGUCGCUGAUCCCAGUUUGUGCGACCACUUGUCGGCUGGUGGCUCUCCCCCGGCUGAAUAGUGUUGAUGGGAACUUGGCUGAGCAUCCUGACCCAGCAGUGCGCCAGCUGCUUUCUGAGAUUGAUGUCGGACAGUGCUUGUCACUGCUGCAUCUCGCUGCUCUAGGCUGCCUAUCCCCACCAGUGGAUGACGGUGACAACACGCAGCAACCUAAAACUUCUACUCAAACCCAGUUUUGGCGGACCAUGGAGCUUGACUUUGUGCUCCUGAUGUUGUCGCCUAAGCACCCUGAGACUGAAUGGUUGCAAAUGCUAAACCUGCUGUGGACAUCCGUCACUCCGGACAGCCUAGGCCCCAUCCCGUCUUUUGCGACGGACCAGUCGGCGGGCAGUGAGCGACCAGGAGAUAUCCACACAACCACUGGCAUCGCUGCCAUGGUCAUUGACUGUGUCUCGUCUUUCUUGUGCGAGCCACCUCUGUGGGCUACGCCUGGCACAAUUAAGGACGCAGGGGUACGGAUUGCUGCGGUUCAGACCCUGACGAUGUUUGCUACCAGCCCAUUCGGAGCAAUGCAGCUCGCUAUGAGCGACGUUGCAAUCCCCCGUUUAGUAACUGUCCUUUCCUGGGCAAUUGACCGGCUCUACGACAUGGAUGUGGAGUUCCCCCUACGCCCCGAGAAGAGGCCUUUGUUUGAUAAAGACGAAAUGCAGCAUGAUUGUCCCAAACCAUCCGAAGCUGAUGACAACGAAGAGAGUCACGAACCAGAUCCAAUGACCCUCUUCUGCCGACUCAUCGCCGAAACCACCAAACUGCUGCACUACCUCGCAACUGACUCACGCACGGCCAACGUGGCUAACCUGGCGGGCAAGCUGGCGGCAUCGUAUGGCGGAUCACAGCGGCAUUUGAUCAGUUUGGCACGGCUUAAUUUUGCUGAGGAAGAUUUGAUCUUUGAGGCGGGGAUCGAUGCAGAAACGAUUGAGCUUGCACAUGAUUUGAUCGAGUUGGCGGUUACGCCGGAUGAGGGGAGGGAGGUUGUUGAGGUUUUCGGCUAA